AUGACAAAGGUUCUAAAAAUUGUCAAAUGUUAUCUCCUGAUAUACAAAAGGACCUUGCAAAAGCUUGUGCAGAGAGAAGUCACAACUGUCUUUAUGGAUGAGAUUCGAGGUAGAAAAUUCUUGGUGCUUAUUGACGAGUCUCGAGAUGUAUCAAUAAAAGAGCAAAUGAUAGUGAUUCUAAGGUUUAUGAAUGAUGAAGGGAAAGUGGUGGAGAGAUUUCUUGGGCUUCAGCAUGUUCAGAGUUGUACAGCUAUUGCAUUGAAAGAAGCUUUGGUUAGUAUGCUUUCAAGUCACAAUUUGUCUAUCUCUAUGCUCUGUGGGCAAGGUGAAAUUAGUUCAGAGUUAUUAGUAUGUAUGGCUGCUUUUAACCCAAGGAACUCCUUCUCUAAUUUUGAUGUGGACAAACUUGUGAGGCUUGCUGAAAUUUAUGCUAAGGAUUUUGAUAUGGGUGAUCUUACUAUUUUGCCAAAUCAACUUAAACAGUUUGUGAACCGUGCUAGAAGAACUCCAGAAUUUCUUGGAUGCACUGAACUUGGAAAAGUUGCUGAAAUUAUGGUGAAGACUAAUAUGCACACAUCUUAUAAAUUGGUUUAUCGUCUCAUUGAGCUAACCUUGAUAUUACCGGUGGCAACGGCUUCAGUUGACAAGAUAUUUUUAGCCAUGUCCAUUAUAAAGACAGAUUUGCGUAGUAAAAUGGGUGAUGAAUGGCUCAAUGACUUGAUGAUAUGCUAUAAUGAGAAGGAGAUAUUUAGAAAGAUUGAUAAUGAAAAGAUCAAAAAGUGA